CAUGGUGUGUAGCGGCGAGACGAGGGGAACGGCGAAAAGAGGGCAACGGCUUCAAGCCAUACGUUCGCGAGAUGUGUGUCUGUGUGCUGUGCAGUCGUAGUCUCGUCUGCUACUGACGUUACGUUUGGUGUUGGACUGAAAGGAGUAAAAAUAAAACAACAAAAUAAUACGUGUAUUUUCUGUCUCGUGUUCUACUUCGUCGUGGAAGAAAACAAAAACAACAACUGUGUGUUCAACAGCGGUGCUGGUUGAUGAGAUGUGAGGAAUGAUUGGUCAUUCUCCAGUGUGUCCAUGAAACUAGGUCUGAAUGACACCCAGUUUUCUAUCCCGUCCCAGAACUAUCUGCAGUGUCCAGUUGUAGCACAUUGCACAACUAAGAGAAUGACUUAACUCAUUGAUGAACUGACCCAUUAGAUGUGUGAAGUUAAAACAUUUUUUGCUAGAGAGUAGCAAAUAAAAGUUACUGGUACAUGAGGUACAAACUAAACAAAACAAGCUAGAACUACACCAAGGUGGGGGAUGAGCUCUUGACAGCAAGUGGAAUAAUAUUCACAGCAAUUGUCGGAUAAUUUUUCUCUUUUGGGAGACUGCAAAGUUCUGUGUGAAAUUGUAAAAAAAAAAAUUUGUGUUGAAAUAAUUUGAAAUAUUUUUGGAUAAUUCACAACUGGAGAUUUUUGGUCGUUUUGUUUCUUGGAUAUAACAAAGCUACAUGAUUGGUUGUGUGACCACUGAAAAUGUGUUCUUGGAUUCUGUGAGUUUAUGAAAUUAUUCACAGUGGUGGUUGGAAGUAGGACAGUACUGCUGAAGAGUUAGUUCUUGUGGAUGUGUUGUGGAAGUUCCCCUGGGAUUUACCGCCGUUUUCCAGUUUUUUCCUGUUUGUGGCCAAAUUAGCACAACGGACCUGCACUGGCGCCUUGUGGUUGGGGCGCGGGGGCGUCGCCAAGUCAGUACCCAUGAGUCGAGUGACAGAGGAUGAUCUACACCUCUGCACGGCUACUGGCUACCUCUGCACGGUUCCUUGUCGUCUGCAUGUUUCUUGCUUCCACGUCGACCUGUGCGUCCACUCCGUUAACCACACCGCCCACCUUAGACACUGAGACCACCCAGGGAGUACCUGGACGUCCGUCAACUCGUAUCAGGACACCUGUGAAAAAAGAUCUGUGUCACUAUGACCUCAGCGACCCGCAUUUCUCUCUAGAGGCCAGCUCACAAGACUACCAGGACUCGGGGUACCUGCAGUGUGAGUACACCAUCACCUCGCCUGGGAGCUUUUACAUACGGCUUAACUUCACCAACAUCGACAGCCUGGUUGACAUGCCAGUGGGGGGUGGCGUCAGGAGUCCAGAACAACAGCAGGCGGAUACCAACACAACCAACUCCCCGGGCUCUACCCACUCAACCAGCACCUCCUCCAGCGUUGAGGCGGAGCACAACUCAACAACAACAACAAAGUUUAAAGAACAACAACCCACGCAGCGCGUCGUCGAGCCCAGCUCAAAGUUUACAAGCUCAAACCCUGAGCAGAACAAUGGAGGUCUAGCGACCAGCCGGUCUGUAGCCGGGACGGUCCGACCGAAACAAGCUAAAGAACAGGAUAUAAAAGUUAACAAGUCUGUGGUAGAGCUGAAAUCUAAACUCUCGAGCUCAGGCAGUGACCUGCUGCAGACGACAGCGUCCUCUGUGACUACACCUUCAGACAGCAGAGAAAACAUCUUUCAUCACUGUAGUUUAAAGCUUAUUAUAGAAGGAGUGAACAGCACCUCACCUUCCAAGCCACAGAUCAUCUGCUGGCAAAAGUCCUGGGAGAAAAGAAUCCCACUUGUCUACCAGUAUAGUGUACCUAUCAAGAUAACUUACAUUUGGGACAUCAACAGUCAUAGCAAGUUUUCACUCCAUUUUAGUUUCUUGCAUUCAGAAGCAGAGGUAGACUGCAAGUUCAGAUGCAACAAACACCUUUGUCUACUGAAGAAUCAGUUGUGUGAUGGGUUUAUUGACUGCCCUGACAACUCUGAUGAAGAUAAGACAUCUUGCAUAUUAGCAGUUCAAGAAUUGGAAAACAGUGAUUCCCAUUUAAAGGUAAUAAUUAUAGCAGUCAUCUUCAGUCUCGUUAUCAUUGCUGGUAUUGUUCUCAUGAUCAGCCGGCGCCGCAAUGGUGCACGUCAGGGACGGAAUUCUCUUCUGCCAACUCCACAGUCUCAAAGCACAGAGGUUUUCCGCUCCAGUUCUAUGCAGGAUAGCAGCCAGUACGAAGCUUUGCUCCACGACCGCCAGGCAAGCUGUGUCCAGCACCCCCAGGCGCUGACCUCAGCCACCGCCAACCCCAACUGCUCAGAGAAUCACCACCUGCUCUACCAGCAGGUGUCUGAGCACCAUCAGCAGACUUUAAACCCACACCGCCGGGUGCACCAGCUGCAUCGCCACCCGUGUCCUGAAAACAUGGCGGCCGAGACAGCCGCCCCGAUGGACAGGUCAAACUUCACCAGGAUGUUCCGCGCACACCAGCAACCGCUCGUCAGCAGACAGCCUCAGCAGUUGAAUAACCCCGCUCACAGUCCGAGUGAACACUACCCCCCUCAAAUACCAGUAUCCAGGGAUGGUGAGGAAGGGUUCGCCUCUGCCCAGAAAUCCCUCAACUCCAUCAAGUUGAGAAGCUGGCAGGAAGAGGAAGUCUUCCGUCCCCCGCCCAACCGGACCGUUCAUGAUCGUGAUAGCCCCCCACCUCCAUACUCUCUUAACCCCCCGGGGGCGAAGAGUCUAGACUCCCUCCCGUCUGUUGGGGUCAGUGUACUACGGCAGGCCCGUGCUUCUCCGGAGAGCCCACCCACGGGGGUGCCUCGAUGCCACAGUCUAUCGUGUCAUCAUUGAUCCAGUAUUCAUCAUUAGCAAUCAAGGAUUUCUGUCUAUUUUCUUUUUUUUUUUUUUUUUCGUUUUUUUUUUAUACUGCUAGGAGGUGGGGACUAUUCUUAUUCCAGAGAAACGUCUUUGCUCAGAAACCUGCUCAGAUGUCAGUAGCAAUUCAGCAACUCUCUUGUUGGACUGUGACCUUUCACCUGGAACUGAUACACCCAUGUCAUCACACUUCAGCCAUUUACGACCAGUUUCAAAUUUGCAGCCGUUGUUUUAAAUAUUAUCAACCCCUUCCCCCACCAGCUCUUUCCCCUUUAUUCACCCCCCCCCUCUCCCACCCCCUUGCAGCCAUAUUAAGGGCUUUCAUAUAAAUUAUUUUCUUCAUUCGGAUGAUACCCUGGUUUUCUUCCUGACUCAAGCACUGAGGUUAAAGUUGAUUUGGACUGGACUAGUUAUAAUAAGUCCCUUUUCUUUUCCCCCAGUUCAGUUUAUUCAGCAGAAACUGUAUUGACUUCAGUGAUAAUCAUCUUUCGUCAUCUUCAUCAUCACCCUUCAUCGAUUUCCCCAGAGUGUUAGUCUAAAAUGAGGAAUGAUUAUAGAAACUUAUAACAAAUUGGGAGUUUUACAAUAAUACUACACGCAUGAAUGAGGCCGAGGACAAGUGGAGUGUGUAAAUCAAAGGACUACACUAGUGGGACACAGUCUAGCUGAGCGCGUCAACUUCAUGCCACUUUUCAUUGAUAUGUGUACUGUUUUUUUUUCUUCUAAUGUGAUGCGCCCCAAGUCUGUGGCUAAAAUUUCAAGAAAUUUAUAUAUAUAUAUAUAUAUAUAAAUAUAUAUAAAAUAACAGCAUUUAUGUGCUUAUGUACAAAGAGCUCGUUUCAUCAUUGCACACACUCAGUAAUUUAUUUUACGAAAUAUAAACUAUCAUCCUUACAUUUGAUUUACAUAUAAUUUUUUUUUUGUAGUCAGGCAAAUGUGGCUAUAAUAUUUUACAUGGACUGGAACAGGCAGUCCAACUAGAGUUAAGUAGAUUCAGAAAAUCACUAUUUAAAAUUUUGAAUAAUUCAUCCAUCUUUCUUUAAUACUUGUAUUUUGAAUGCCCAUUAUGAGAAAUGAGACAAUCAUAAAUAACUCAUGCUUAUGAGCCAUUUACUUUUUGUGAUUUUUGUCUGAUUUUGUGUAUGUCUCCAGCACUGAGUUUUU